GAUCGUGCGGGACGGGGUCACGUGAUCGUGCGAGGGGGUUUAAAGCGGAACAGCGCCGGCCUCGCUCCCGCUAAAGAUGGAGCCCGCAGCGUCCGUGUGUGCGGCCGUCGCGUUGCUGGUCACCCUCUCCGGCUGCUGCUGCUCCGCCGACUGGGAGCUUUACGAUCGCAACUACGAGCCCGAGCUGCCGCCCGUACUCCACUCCUCGUACGGGUCGCUCUGGCCCUUGCCCAGGAGCGUGGUGAGCUUCCCCGAGGUUUACCGGCUGAGCCGGCUCACCUUCCAGAUCGUGUACUCGCCCGAGUCCACCGCCUCGACCGGCUGCUCCAUCCUGGACGACGCCUUCCGCAGGUACUUCUACUACAUCUUCGGACGCUCGGCCGCCGAGGACAGCCAGCGGCCGUCAGUGGACGGCGACCACACCGAAGCCCAUGAGGUGCGUCAGCUGCAGGUCACUAUCACCGCCAGUGACCCCGAGUGCAACCAGCAUCCGCACGUCACUUCCAACGAGGCGUACAAAAUUACAGUUGUUCAGCCUGUGGCUACACUGAAAUCCGAAACUGUGUGGGGUGCACUACGAGGACUGGAGACUUUCAGCCAGUUGGUAUAUGAAGAUCAAUACAUCACGCAUCUCAUUAAUAAAACAAACAUCAUGGAUGCUCCAAGAUUUGCUCAUAGAGGUGUUUUGCUUGAUACAUCUCGGCACUAUCUACCUCUUCAAGUAAUACUUGACACCUUGGAUGCCAUGUCAUUCAAUAAGUUCAAUGUUUUCCAUUGGCAUAUUGUGGAUGACCCAUCUUUUCCAUACCAAAGCAUCACUUUUCCCAAUCUAAGUGCAAAGGGUGCAUAUCACCCAGUCACUCAUAUUUAUACAUUGAAAGAUGUCCUAACAGUUAUUGAAUAUGCUCGUCAAAGAGGAAUUCGGGUCAUUCCAGAGUUUGACACUCCAGGGCACACUCAGUCUUGGAAAGGUCAACCGAACCUCCUCACUCCUUGUUAUAAUGGUGAGACACCCUCUGGAACAUUUGGACCUAUUAAUCCUGCUUUAAAUGCAACCUACGAUUUUAUGAAUCGUCUAUUCAAAGAGAUCAGCUGGGUGUUCCCAGAUAACUUUAUCCAUUUGGGAGGAGAUGAAGUGAAUUUUGCCUGUUGGAAAUCAAAUCCCAUGAUUACAGAGUUUAUGCUUAAACAAGGCUUUGGUAGUGACUAUAGAAAACUUGAAUCUUUCUAUAUUCAGAAUGUUGUAGAUAUCGUGGCAUCCAAUUUGAAGGGUUAUAUGGUGUGGCAGGAAGUCUUUGACAAUGGAGUGAAGAUUAAGUCCAACACUAUAGUUGAAGUGUGGAUGGCAAGCAAUAUGAAGGCAGAGCUAUAUAAAGUAACAAAAGCUGGGUUCACAACCAUCCUGGCUGCACCCUGGUACUUAGAUUACAUUGGCUAUGGACAGGACUGGCGACAGUACUAUCAAGUUGAACCCCUCCAUUUCAAUGGAACUGAGGCACAGAAGAAACUGGUGCUUGGGGGAGAAGCUUGUCUGUGGGGAGAAUUUGUGGAUGCAACCAAUCUUGCCGCACGUUUAUGGCCUCGGGCAAGUGCUGUAAGUGAGCGUCUUUGGAGCAGUGCAGAAACAAAUGAUCUGGGUGAUGCCUACGCAAGACUAGUAAAACAUCGUUGCCGCAUGGUCCAGCGGGGCGUACCAGCGGAACCACUGUUCAUUGGCUAUUGCGAUUAUGAAUACAAGGAUAAGAAAGAAUCCAAAUGAAUAAAGAAUCACUCUUGGAGAAAAAUGCUAACAUCGUAAUUUGAUGCUCACAAACAAUACUGGAUUAUUGAAAUUAUCAACUUUCAUUGAGAGUUGAUAUCUUUGAACAAGAAUGAAUGUUUGAUUUUUAUAUAAAGAUUAGGAAAUAUCGUACAAUAAAGUUCAAUAUUUUUAUAAUUUCUAAAUUUGUUACGCUGUUUCUGAACUUUGCAUUUUGUGGUGGUGGAAUGAUAUCUGCAGGUAGUGGAAAUGCUAUCUGUUUACAUGGCCACAUUGAUCAGUUUUAUAUUGUUUCCAUUUUACAUAUUUCAAAUGCUUACAUUUUAUGAGAUUUUUUUUCUGCAAUUAAGAGACUUCUGUUAUCAAUUAUGUAAAGGCAACAAAUGUUUGAAAUGCAUUAUGUAUAUUAAUUGAAAAUUAAUAAUAAAAUCUUGGUAAUGUU